AUGUCGAGUUUGGGACCGUCUGGCUCUAAUGCCCACGGGUUAAACUUCUCGCAAGCUGGCCUCAGACGAAGUGCCGCAUUUCCUCCAACCCACGCGAAUCAGCAUCAGCAUCAACCGAAUAAGCAAUCCCCGGCCCCUCAUGCCGCGUCGCCAUAUCAACCACAGGGCUAUACGCCUCAGCAGCCCCCCCAAGGCACAUAUCCUCCACAUCUCUUCGCAUCGCCAGUGAAUCCAAAUAUCCCCAACGGCCACCCGCCUUCGCGAACUCCCAACUCACACGUACCACCAAAUGCCCUCGGUGUUCAGCGACAGAGGGCGGCGCCGCCGAGGCAGCAGAUGCCGCCUCAGCCAAAUCCGCCGCCCAUGAUGUUCCCUACGUCCAUGAGUCAAUCGGUCCAGCAUGACCCGAUCCUGUCUCAUCAACACCAGCAGCAACAUCCUUCCCAUCAGGGCCACCCUGGCCAUCCAAGCCACCAGCAGCACCCACCUCAUCAUCAGCAGCAAGGGCAUCACCAACAGCAUCCAGGCCACCAACCUCAUCAACAGCAGCAGCAGCAACAACAACAACAGCAGCAGCAGCAGCAACAACAACAUCAGCAACAUCAACAGCACCAGCAGCACCAGCAGCACCAACAACAUCAACAACACCAACAGCAUCCGGCACACCCGGCACACCCGGCACAUCCUGCGCAUCAGGCUCAUCAGACUCAUCCAGGCCAUCCAGGCCAUCCGGGUCAUCCAGGCCAUCAGGCACGCCAAAGCGUCCAGCCUCACCAGACUCAUGGUCGUUCGCAACAGUCAACGCCGCAGCAGCAGCAGCAGCAACAACAACAACAGCCGUCCCAGCAACCUCAACAGCAGCAGCAGCCGCAACCGCCGCAGGCCCAGGUAACUCCUCAGCCUACUCCGCAGCAAUCAACGCCCCAGCCGCCUCAGCAACAGAUACCGCAACAGCAGAUGCCUCAACAGCAGCAGCAGCCUCCCCAGCAGCAACAAGUUCAGCAAGUUCAGCAAGUCAAUCAGGUACAGGCCUCCCCUCAGCAGCCUGCUGCUCAGGUUCCCCAACAGCAGGCAAACCAUGCGGGCAGUGAAAUGGAUGUCGAUGGAAAUCAAGAUGGAGAUGCGUCGGAAGUCAAUGGUCUCGACUCAAAGCUUUUAAAUGACCCUUCCUACGUCCCCUCGCAGCCUAUGGGAGAGAUGAUGUCUCCCCCGCCUGAGGGAGGAAGCUAUCCAACGUUAGAAGCCGUGCAAAAAGCCGUUCUGCGUUAUUGCACAUCUGUUGGCUAUGCCAUUGUUAUUGGCCGCUCCAAGAAGACGGUUCCUGGCCUCAAGAAAGUCCUGUUUGUUUGCGAUCGUGCUGGAAAGCCGCCCAGUAGGGUGAGCCCGGAAUUCCGCAAGCGCAAAACAUCAUCCAGGAAAUGCGAUUGUCCCUUUGGCUUUUUUGCCAUUGAACAACGUACUCAGUGGACGAUUCGCUACCGCCCUGAUCCUGCGCAUCUGCAGCACAAUCAUGGGCCAAGUGAGAGUCCUUCCAAUCAUCCUGCCGCCAGAAAGCUUGACAGCAAGAUGGUGGCGGCUGUCAAACAGCUGAAGGAAAACGGGGCAGGCGUAUCCGAAACACUCCAAAUUCUGCAAACCGAAAAUCCGGACUGUCACUUGCUCCCGAGGGAUAUAUACAAUGCAAGAGCUGCUAUAAAUCGAAACCCGCAGAAGGUGGCAACAGGACUUGCCGAGAAUAGGCCGGCGAUAUACACAAAACCGCAGCAAUCACCGGAAGACAGGAUUCGCGCGGACCUUCGCAGAGAGCUGGCAAAGGCGCGAGAGGACCUGCAGAAGAUUGAAGAGGAGAAACAAAAAGAAAUCGAUGCGCUGAAAAGCCAACUUGAAGAAAAAGAAAAGCUCAUCAAGAGAUUUGAGAUGUUUAUUGAUAUAUGUAACGAGCGCGUCAUGGUUCAACGGGAGAGGCUGGCAGGACCAGAUGGCAACUUGGCAAUCGGGGGAAACUCGGUUAUGUGA